AUGCUGUUCCAAUCUAUCUUCCUCGCCGCCGCCACUCUGGCGCCCGCAGCACUCAGCUGCCCCCAACACACAAAUGCCAAACGCCAUGUACACCUCACCACAAGACAACAAGUCAGUCCAGGCAAUGUGACCCAGAACGACUGGGCCUAUGAAGCGUCUUUCAACUGGGGAAGGAUCCACCCCGACUACCACCUCUGCCAAACCGGAACUCAGCAAUCUCCCAUUGCGUUAUCGCUUGGUAAUGGUCUCGCCCUAAACCACGUGCCUACUUUCAAGUACAACGGCAGCAUCGCUGGUAACUUCUACAACUGGGGUUACGGCCCCGCCUUCACCGUUGCACACGAUGAGAACGCAGCAGAGGAAGACAUUGACUGGACGACCCAUCCAAACUUCACCUACGACAACAAGACCGUCUACCUCAAGGGCUGGCACAUUCACGCCCCAGCCGAUCACUCUGUAGGUGGUGACCGUAGCAAAGCCGAGCUCCAUCUCGUCCAUGUCGACGCCUCCGGCCACGAAGCUGCCGUCUUGGCCAUUCGUCUCGACCCCGGUAACAACAACGCGACUUUCUUCGAGCAACUGCCUCCCAUGAUCGGUUACACAGAGAUGGGUACUGAGCAGCCUACCACCUUGGACUUCACAUCUCUGCUCCAGAGCGUUCUAUACUUCAACGAGUUCUGGACGUACCAGGGUAGCUUGACCAGCCCUCCUUGCUCUGAGGGUAUUCGCUGGUUUGUUGCCAGGCAGAUCGUCUUCACUGGUGUUGAUCAGAUGAGGGCUAUUCUUGGUGCCAGCACUUACUCUGCGAGGGCGGAGCAGGAGGUCUGGCAACACAGGAUCAACGAGUAG